GUUUGCUAGUCGUCUUCCCAUCAGCCCCUUUGACACGUGGAGGACGCGAGGGAGCUGUGAGGGUGUGCGGUCGUGUUUCUGCCAUCCGGACUCUUUUUCCUCUAGUGACACUCAUCUGUGUGAAAUAUGAGUUGGCGAGGAAGAUCAACCUAUCGGCCUAGACCAAGACGCUAUGUGGAACCUCCUGAGGCGAUUGGGCCUAUGCUGCCCGAGCAGUUCAGUGAUGAAGAAUUGGAACCACCAAAACCUGAAGAAGGGGAACCAGCAACUGAAAGUCAGGUUUCUGUACCUGCUCAGGAGGGAGAGGAUGAGGGAGCAUCUGCAGGUCAAGGGCAGGAGCCUGAAGCUGAUAGCCAGGAACAGGUUCACCCAAAGACUGGGUGUGAGCGUGGAGAUGGUCCUGAUGUCCAGGAGAUGCGCCUGCCAAAUCCAGAGCAGGCGAAACCGCCAGAAGCAGGUGAAAAGCAAUCACAGCAUUAAAAGAAGACACGCUGAAAUGAUGCUGCUUUCAUGUUGGAAAGUUGUUCAUUAAAGUUCUCUCAAUAAAGCUUUACAGCCUUUUGCAAAGAA